UGACGGAACGGAGAGCAGGGAGGGGAGAAAAUACUUUUCAUACAGUGUGUGUCAGAGCACCCUGCAGUCCUGAGCACACUCACUCAGAGAGAGAGCGGGGGACAAGAGGGCCAGUGCCUUUGAUCGGUUAAGAAUUGAGUGACUUCCUUCCAUCAUGCGUCUGGUGAUCUUCCUUUUGUCUGCCCUGAUUCCCCUCGUUCUCUGCCAUGGAUGGAACUCCUGGACAAAUUACUGGCAGAGCCAAGGAUACUUUUAUGGCUCCCAGUAUGCAGACAGAGCAUACAGUGUGUCGGCGUGUCCUGACGAGUGUGACUGCCCCUCUUCCUUCCCCGUUGCUAUGUACUGUAAUGGGCGAGGCCUUACCACCGUGCCACCGAUUCCCUCGCAUAUCAAAUACUUGUAUCUUCAACACAAUGCCAUCACAUCUUUGCCUGACUCGGCUCUAAGCAAUGCAACCAAUCUGGUGUGGCUUAUGUUGCAUUUCAACCAGCUGACAUCUGAAUCAAUUGGCAAGAAGGCAUUUCUGAAGCUGGGGGGACUUGAGCGUUUAUAUCUACAAUACAAUAAUUUGACCAGCAUUCCGUCAAACCUUCCCCUCUGCCUGAGAGACCUGAGAAUGGAUAACAACAUGAUUGAGAAGGUGUCACCUGCAGACCUAGAGGGAAUGGAUAACCUCACUAUCUUGUACCUUCAUGAUAAUGCUCUCUCAGAGGUGGGCUCGUCACUGAAGGGGCUGAACUCCCUCACAUUGCUUGAGCUCAGUAGCAACAAGUUGACAAAGGUCCCAGCUCCGCUCCCUGCAUACCUGCAUCAGCUCUACCUGGAGUACAAUGCCAUCGACUCUAUACCUGAGGGAUUCCUGAGCCUUUUCUCUCAGCUACAGUAUUUUAGGAUGUCGCAUAACCUGCUAACAAAUAAAGGCAUCCCCGCUAACACGUUUAACGUGUCUGGACUGGUGGAGCUGGACCUGAGCUUCAACAAACUGGAGAGAAUUCCUUCAGUUAGCACCACGCUGCAAUAUCUUUACCUGCAAGCCAAUCAGAUCAAGGAGUUUACUGUGGGUAGCUUCUGCAGUGUCGUGGACGUGACGAAUUUCUCCAGACUCUUAGUGGUGCGACUGGACGGAAACGAGCUCAGUCUUGUGGACAUCCCCACCGACGUGAACCAUUGUCUGCGCCAGGUUCUCGACAUUGAGAUCUAAGCAUGUGCACAACGCAGUCUGUGGCUCAGUUCACCACAUGCACCUACAGCAGGACUAUUUUUUUU